AACAAAGGGUGGCCAUACAAUCAAACUGUACCAGAUUGCCAGUCGUAGCGAUUGAUUUUGGAACGACAUAUUCAGGAUAUGCAUUUUCAUGGAAACAUGAAUGGGGAAAAGUACAAGUUAACGAGUGGAACAGUGGUGAAUUUUUAUCAAGCAAGACUCCGACGGCACUCCUCCUAAAACCAGACAAAUCAUUUUACGCUUUCGGAUUUGAUGCAGAGACACUAUUCACAAAUAUGGCAGAAAGAGAUUCUGACUCAGAAGAUGACGAAGACGAAGGACCAAAAGAAAACUGCGAAGACUGUUACUACUUUCACAGGUUUAAAAUGCUGCUACAUAGGGACGAAAGACUGCAUCGUAACACUGAGAUAGAAGAUAUAAAUGGGAAAAGGAUGAAGGCUAUGGAAAUAUUUUCUAUAUCUAUUAAACAUUUGAAGAAUUCUGUGAUGGACAUAAUGCAUCAGCAAAUUGCCUUUAAAAUCUUAGAAAAAGACAUCGACUAUGUAUUGACAGUGCCAACAAUUUGGGGAGAUGCAGCGAAAAUGUUCAUGCGAGAAACCUCUGUUAAGGCUGGAAUACCAAGUGACCAACUAACCAUCGCUUUAGAACCAGAGGCAGCCUCCAUUUACUGUCAAUAUAUGUACCUGGAGCAAAAAUAUGACAAAGAACGUGAUAUUACAUUCCAGAAGCAGGUGAAAGAAAAAUCCAAAUACAUGGUUGUAGACCUUGGAGGCGGCACUGUUGACAUCACCGUUCACAAACAAGCAGACGAUGGAACAUUAGAGGAGUUGUUUCCCGCCACUGGAGAACCAUUAGGAGGAACGUCUGUAGAUGACAAGUUUGCAGAUUUCUUGGAAACAAUCGGAGGAAAAGGAGUGUUAAACAAGUUUAAAGAACGUUGUUUGAAAGAUCAUUUAGAUAUAUUCAGAAACUUUGAAACAGCAAAGCGUGCGUACAAUGGAACAAAAGUUAGAAUUAAAAUCCCAGCCAAUUUUGAUAGCCUUAUUAAAGAAGAUAAAACUAGGGGAAGUAUAAGCAAGGCGCUUCGAGACACACAAUACACGGAUCGUGUUACCUAUGCGAAUGGUAAACUUGCCUUGGAAUCUUCAGUAUUUGAAGAAUUUUUCAAGAAAGCCGUAGAUGGGAUUUCAAUCUUUAUCGAAAAUAUUUUAGCUAGGAAAUCGUUUGACGAUGUGAGGACCAUCAUCAUGGUUGGAGGCUUUUCAAAGAGUAGCAUUAUUCAAAACGAAAUCAAGAACAAAUUAUCACCCUAUCGAAUCAUCAUACCUGAAGAGGCUGGGCUUGCUGUUGUUAAAGGUGACGUCUAUUUUGGACAUGUGCCAAAUGCCAUAUCAAGGCGUGUCUCGCUGUAUACGUAUGGAAUCCAAAGCUGGCCAGAAUAUACACCAGGGAUAGAUCCACCAAGUAAGAAAAUUGACGUUAAUGGAACAAUGCGAUGCAAAGAUGUUUUCUUUCCUCUUGUACAGCGCGGAGAACAAAUUUCUGUAGGUUUCAGAAAAUCUCAGGUUUUUCGGUCUUUCAAACCAAAUGAAAGUGAAACAGAAUGUGCAAUUUAUGUUUCGGAUCAAGAAAAUCCAUGAUUUGUUGAUGAUAGAAGUUGCAGAAAAUUGGGUAUAUUGAGAGUACCAUUACCACUCGGAUUUGGUUCUGCAGAAAUAGAAGAAACAAUUAUAUUUGGUGAAACGGAAAUAAAAUUUGUUGCACACCAGAUUGGAUCUAGUAGAGUACUGGAGACAUCAUUUGAUAUGUUGGACUUUUAAAAUCUUCCUAGGUUCUGAUUCCUGUACGCUCAUGGAAUUGUGAAUGAUUUAUCUGACAAGGUUGAGUGAACAAAAUAUUUUCUAUUAAAUUAAAGACUACACUUUUUGACAUCAUAGACAGUUGCUUCUUCAACAAAAAUGGAAAACAGAAAUAUUCAUAUCUAGUGAUCAGUCAUCCAAAAACUUCUUGGGUAAACACCACUUUGACUCCACGCACAGGUACUUUGAAGAUGAAAUAAAAAAAAAUAUGCUGGAGUUCCUCAUUGACAAUAUAUUUGUAGUCUUUGGUGAUCAGGUCUUUAAACAGUCUGUUCGAAUUCUCAUGGGUACGAAUUGUGCUCCAUUAUUAGCUGACCUAUUUUUAUACUCCUAUGAAGCAGAAUUUAUUAAAAAACUUCUACGUGAGAAGAAAUAUUUCUUGGUGUGGCCUUCAAUUCGACAUUUAGAUAUAUUGACGACGUUUUAUCUAUUAAGAAUAAUAAUUUUCAUUCAUAUGUCGAUUUCAUAUAUCCCUGUGAACUCGAAAUAAAAGACAUCACAGACUCGUGCACUUUUGCGUCACACGACCUCUAAGCUUGGAAACCAGCGUUCUACCACUGAGCUACCGCGACCGGUGAAGAAACGAAAAUAAGUUCACAUGAUUUUAUAAUGCCGUGUAUUGCAAUCAAACAUUUUAUCAGAUAUAGAAUAAACGAAUUGUUAUCAACAAUUCAUCAUCAUCAUUAUCAUUAGGCCUACUGAAUUCUUUGGAUUUUUUAAGUAUACAUAUAUGUAUCACGUGUAAGGAAAGGAUUACAUAUAUAAUGCUACAUGUAUGUCUGUAAGAUAUAUAUCAAAUCUAAUUAUCUAUGUGCAUUGCUCUAUGUGUAGUGUAUAUGUGAGUGUUUGCUGUAUGUAGUAUUUUGUGUCUGUGUGUAUCACUGUGUGUAGUAUUUAUAUGUGUUUGUUAACACUCAUCCAUUUUAAUUCAUUAUGUGGUCUUUGUUUUAUUUUGUUUGAAAUCUUUGUUGCCUGCAUAUAUUUUUAGGUCACCUAAGUAAACUCAGGUGACCUAUUGCAAUUGGUUGUCGUCCGUCGUCGUUCGUCGUGCGUUAACAGUUGAACAUUUUUAAUUUCUUGAUAACUACCAGUCCAAUUCUUUUCAAAUUUGAUAUGAAGCAUCAUUGGGACAAGGGCGACAUACAUUGUAAAUUUCAUGACUCCAGAUCUCCUAGGGUCUUAAGGGUGGGGCAAAAACUGCCCAAAAUUGACAAAUUUUCAAAAAUCUUUCUCUCUAGAACCGCAUAUGUUUAAGAAAAACUAAAUGCAUGGUAAUGUAGAGCAGGAAGGCCUCUACCAAAUUUAUAAAUUUCAUGAUCCCCAGGGUAGGGGUUCUGGCCCCAGAGCCGGGCCAAACUUGGUAUAUAGUGCUAAAUGGAUAGAGCAGGUAGUCUUUUACCAUAAUUGUAAAUUUGAUUUUCUCCAGAGUAAGGGUUCUGACACCAGGGUGGGGCCAAACUUAGUAUAUAGUAUGCAUGUGUAAAUUUGCUGAUGCUGUAUAAAACCUAAAUGCAUACUUAGGAAUAGCAGAAAAGGAUGUACCAAAAAUGGUGAAUUUCAUAAUCCAGGGUUAUGACUUUAGGAUGAGUCCAAAUUAGUCAUAUUUUUUAUGUUUUUAAUGUUAAUACACCUAUUAUUUAAAGCCUUUCAUCAGUGUAUGGACUUUUGAGAGCAGUAAAGUUUUAAGAAGACAUCUUGUUUAUACUGUUGCUGAACAUCAGAAUUUAACUUAGAUAUUCAGUACAGGAAUUUUUUUCUAGAUUUCAUAGCCCAUGAAAGUAGUGAUACUUUUUCACUAGUAUCUAGGUGACCGAUAAGGUCUGUGGGUCUCUUGUUCUAUUUCCUCAUAUUCUUUAGUAAUUAUAAAUUAAGUCUAUUUUUAUCACUUCGUAUAUUUUGGAUCAGCUCUUUGGACGAAUAAGGCAUGUCCUAAUUCGCUCCACUUUUAACAUUGAUUGGCAAGCCUAAAGACCAAAAACAUGUAGUCUGGGUUGUAAAUACGUUUGUAGAUUAGUGUAGUUGUAGUGCUAGAUGUAUUUAUAUGUAGUUUUUGUUAUCAUGCUCUGUUGAUAUUGACCACAUUAUGUAAUUCUUUUCGUUUGUCCUGAAGAAGGGACGGGUCGUCCCGAAAAUUUGACAAUCUCGUUGUUCGUGUCGUUGGUCAUUUUAGUGCUUUGUAUAUAUAUAUAUAUAUAUAUAUAUAUAUAUAUAUAUAUAUAUUCGAUUUUAACAGAUGUUUGUUCUAAAAUGACAGCUUGCUUCUGCUUUUCUGUUUCUUUUCUAUCAGAUUCUUUUCUUAUCAUCCUUGUUUUGUAAGCUAAUUAGUAAAACCAUAGAGCUCUUUGGACGAAUAAGGCAUGUCCUAAUUCGCUCCACUUUUAACAUUGAUUGGCAAGCCUAAAGACCAAAAACAUGUAGUCUGCGUUGUAAAUACGUUUGUAGAUUAGUGUAGUGUGUAGUUGUAGUGCUAGAUGUAUUUAUAUGUAGUUUUUGUUAUUAUGCUCUGUUGAUAUUGACCACAUUAUGUAAUUCUUUUCGUUUGUCUUCAAGAAGGGACGGGUCGUCCCGAAAAUUUGACAAUCUCGUUGUUCGUGUCGUUGGUCAUUUUAGUGCUUUGUAUAAUUUUUUGUAUUUGACCUUGUAUCCAUGUUGUGGAUCCGACACUCUGAGGUAUCAUGUGUUGUUGGAACUUUAGUACGUUUAUGUAUAUAUAUAUAUAUUAUAGGAUUAAACAUUCGUUUUGAAGAAUUUAUCGAUGUGUAAACU